AUGACCGACGCCAAAGAGAACCUCAAUGCGGUCUUCGACCCCGCCGGUCGCGGGCUUUCGCCCGAUAUCCUCGGCGUCCUGGAGUCGACGCUGCGCUUGCACUCAAUGACGGCCGACGAACUGUUCAUCAAAUGGGAAGUGUACUGUCUGAAGAUGGGGGGCGAAGAGACAAAGCUCGAUCUGGAAACGGCACGCAUGUUCGCCAAAGACGUACAGGACGGGGUCGAGCGAGGAGAUCGAUCGCACAAGUCGACGGUCAAGCCAGAGAGGAAGACGACGGUGCACGCUACACCGAGGGCGACUGGCAACGGGGACGUUUUCGGGAUGCUCGAUGAACUCACGCCCAAUGCACUCCCGCGGCGGAAUGGCAGCGUCAAGAGGAAAGCAGACUUCGACUCCCCAGUGCCGCGGAAAGUCAGUCGACCGGAGUCUACGAGCAAGGCACAGGCCAAAGGAGCGAAAGUGGCUGGACUGGCAGGCAUUCCGUUCUCCGAACGACAGAACGCAGGCCAUACUGUCGAGAUCUUGAACGAGCACCUCUCGUCGGCCGAACCGCCCAUUGCCCCGUUCUCAGAAGCGCGCCUUCACAUGGUGCUUCGCUCGGAUUAUAAAAAGUUCGCCUAUAAGCCCAUGGCGAUGCAUUUGUCGGAGGCGUCGGAGGUCUUUGACGACCGCAUUGACGACUUCAUGGCCGUGGUCCAGCAGGCUCAUAAACUGGAAGAUUCGUCAUUCGGCAAUGCAGCCGCCCAGAGUACAAGCGAAAUCAUUGCCGUGGGCAGGAUUGCCUCGGACACCGCAGAGGGGAAACUCAACUCGGCAUCGUUGGUGCUGGAGAUGUCGAGGCGCAUGGGUGCCGGGUUACGUGUUCCCUUGAAGGUCGACGGCUUGUCUUCCUACCAGUUCUUCCCCGGACAGAUCGUCGCCGUACGAGGAACAAAUGCUUCGGGGCUUUAUUUCACUGUUACGGAGGUCUUGUCCACCCCCAAGCUUCCCAUGCCCUCUUCUGUCCCGACACAAAUCGACGCAAUCAACCAGAAACUUGGUGUCUCUGAGGAUUCGUCUGCCUCGUCACCUCUCAACAUCAUGAUCGCCUCAGGCCCAUACACCGCCGACGACAACCUGGACUUUGAACCCUUCCAAGCACUCUGCGAAAAGGCCGCGGACAACAUGGUCGACGCCCUCAUUCUCAACGGUCCGUUCCUCGACAUUGAACAUCCCAUGCUUGCGUCGGGAGACUUCGACUUGCCCGAAGUUCGGGGUCUAGACAAGGAAGCAAGUAUGGCCGCUUUGUUCCGUCUCUGGAUCUCCGGCCCUCUUCAACGUCUCUGCUCAGCCGUGCCGAGUAUCACGGUCCUCAUCGUCCCCAGUGUGCGGGACGCAAUCAGCAAGCACGUCAGCUGGCCGCAGGAGCGGCCUCCGCGGAAAGAUCUCGCAUUGCCCAAGCAAGUUACCAUGCUCCCAAAUCCAUGCUAUGUGUCUUUGAAUGAAGUCGUGGUUGGCAUCUCCUCUCAAGACAUCUUAUACGAGCUUAGCCGAGAGCAAUUGGCCCACGGCGCCGGGUCUGAUCUCCUGACCAGACUGCCCGGCUAUCUGAUCGAUCAGAGGCAUUUCUUUCCACUGUUUCCGCCAAUGUCCAGAGACAAGCUGCCAAGUAACGGUGUGGUCAAAGCCACGGGAUCAUGCUUGGACGUCGGAUAUUUGAAGCUGGGUGAAUGGAUGCAGGUCAAGCCUGACGUGCUCGUCCUACCCAGCAUAUUGACCCCGUCUGUCAAGGUCGUCGACAGUGUGAUGGUGAUCAAUCCGGGUCAAUUGUCCAAGCGCAAGGCCGCAGGAACAUACUCUCAGAUCUCGCUGCAUCCCAGGAUAUUAGCCGAGGACGAAAAGUCGCAGAGGAGCGUCCCCCACAAGGUAUUUGAGCGUGCAAGGGUCGAAGUCGUAAGGAUAUAG